AUGAGUAUUGUUGUGACAGUUAUCUGGCAAGGAACCAGCCCAGGGCCGGGCCUGAGAAAGCAAUGGCGAGAGGGAUUCCUGGGGCGCGGGCGGCAGCGGCAGCAGAAGCUCCAGCUCCAGGCCGCCGGAGGCUUGCUCUGUGCGCCCAGCGGCCCCAGCGUGCCUAACUCCGGCCAAGUCUCAGCAACUCGGCGUCCCGCCAACCUAGGCCAGCAGGGCCGGAGCCGAACCUCCCUCCCCCCAAGACAGAGGCUGAGAGCGCCCGCCCUUGAGGAGUGGCGGCCAAAAGACGCGCGCGGCGAGCGGGGAGCCGGGAUCCGCGGGAGCCUCAGCAUCCGCCCGAGCUGCCGUAUCCCCGAGAGCCGGGAGCCCCCUCUCGCUGCCAUCGCGGACACUUGCGCGGGGGAGCUCCUCUCCAGUGGGAGGGUGCAGCCCCGGCUGCUCCCCGGGAGCGCGCGGCUCUCCCCCGCCCCCCACCCCUCGCUCCGCUCUCCGGCCGCGGUGCCCUCUCCCCGGCCGCGGGGUCGGAGCGCUGGCACAUGCCUAGCGGCCGGCUCCGGGACUAGCCCCGAGCAGGCAGGGUCCGGGGCGGCGCAGCUCUCCUUUCGCCGCCCAUGUGCGCAAACCCCUCACGCAGAGAGGGGGAUCCGUUACCAGUCUCCGAGGGACCGGCCCAGCCCAGCCUUUUGCGCUCGGGGCUUUGCCCGCUCUCGGCCCCACGCCCGCCGCGCAGCUGCCCCGGAGGGCAUUUAGAGACUCCGGCCGCGGCCGCUCUUGCACCUGCGAUCGGAAGAAGCCCCCGCUCGCCCCCCGCGUUCUGGUUCGCCGGAGAGAGCCUGCGCCCGGCUCCUUCAGUUGGGACCCUGGAAAACUAAAAGGAAAGAGGGAACUAGAGAAAUUAUCGGAGGCCCUGACAUUGGAUCCUCCACUUACUACACUAACAAGCCAUCCAGAAGCAUCUGCAAGUCCUAUUUGUGGGCAAAGGACUUCCUUUUCUGAAUCAUAGUCUUCACAGAAGGAGGUGUGAUACAGUGUGAAGAAGACUGGGCUGGACUUGGAAGUCAGCAAACCUCGAUUUGAAACCCACCUCUGGUCCUUUUGAAAGAGCUGCUGUGUCCACAAGACCCGAUCCCUUCAGCUCCCAGCACUGGCCCCCCCAUGGCACUUUGUAUAUCCCAG